UUUUGAGUUGAUUUUCCCCUGUUUUGCAUAACAAAACUUCUUUUUGAAUAAAUUCAUUAAUUAUCGUGUUAAAUCAAAAUUAAAUAGGAUGGCAUCACAAGCAGGAAAAACUACAAUCAAGGCUCUUCUGAUGCGAGGAUGGAAUGAAAUCCCAGAAGUUAUGGCUGCAAAUGUUUUAGGAAUGGUCGGAAUUGGAUUAGCUGGUAUUGGAUUAUACAGAUAUUACAAAAACGAUGGCGAUAAUCGAAGAUACAAAAUGUCAUAUGUUGUUUACCGACCAGAGGAUCCAAGAGCUGCUAGAGUCCACAAAGAUUAAUCAGCCAUUAGUAAUGAAUUAUAUUAUUGAGACGAGAAAAUAAAGAAAAACUCAAUUUAUUU